AUGCGCGUGUUACAUGCCAUGCUGGAGAUCUCUUCGUAUUUACCUCCAGAAUUGUAUCAGAAGUUGUGCAAAUGGAUCCACAUAAAGGACAUUUUGGGUUGUUUUUUCUUAAUCAUGCAGUCAUGCUUAAUGUGUUACAGAACCUGUUUCAAGAAAAUCAACAAUAAUCUGGUACAUAUGCAAAAAAUUAUGAUAAACGAUAUAAAGCCAUGUGUUCCCAGUUUAAUUUACCACUUGCGAAGGAGUCAGUUCCUGUUAAUAGAACUCAGGAUCCUGAAAAAGCAGCAUUUAACAGUCAGCAACACAAUGAAAAUGCUGAACAUAAUUUUCAGUCCACAGCUUCUUGCUACUUUAGUCUUGACUUUUACUGAAAUCACUUUCGAAUUGUAUAAACAUUUAAUACAAUGGCAAGAUGGGCUGUCCUUCAUUCUGGAUGAUGAAAUUGAUGAUGUAUUUUUCCUAAUGUCUAUAGGAUACGAAUUUUUAAAAAUAAUAUUGAUAGUAUGGACUUGCGAAACCAAUAAGAAUCGAGCAUUAGAGAUUAGCACUACUGUUCAUGAUGUACUUAACCGCACUAGCGAUGAGCAAAUCAAAGAAGAGAUGACGGGUAAUGUUACAACAUACAUAUUAAUCUUGACACAAUUUAUGAUCAUGGUACAUUCUUGUGAUGGAAAGGCUGCAAACAAUAUUCGAAUGACUUAA